UCAGGACUGCAGAUACAGAGAAAAGCUUGGACUCAAGAGAAGGAGUGUGUGAGCAGCCUUCAGGAACCUCAAUGGCUUCCAGAUCAGAGAAGGAUCUCUGCUGUCCGGUCUGUAAGGACAUCUUCAGACAUCCUGUUUUUCUGUCAUGUAGCCACAGCUUCUGCAAAGACUGUCUGCAGAGCUGGUGGAGAGGGAGACCAACACGAGAGUGUCCAGUCUGUAAGACGAGAUCUUCAACACGGGAUCCUCCCUGUAACCCCGUGUCAAAGAAUCUGUGUAAGAACUUCUCACAGGAGAGAGGUAAGAGAUCUUCAGAGGAUCUCUGCAGUCUGCACUCUGAGAAACUCAAACUCUUUUGUCUGGACCAUCAACAGCUACUGUGUCUAAUCUGCAGAGAUUCAAAAGAUCCCUCCAAGCACAGACUGAGACCCAUCGAUGAAGCUGCUCCACAACACAAGAAGAACCUUCAGGAAACUCUUGAGCCUCUAAAGGAUAAGUUACAGGUUUUUGAACAAGCUAAAGUGAAGUUUGAAAAAACUGCAGAACACAUUCAGGUCCAGGCCCGACACACAGAGAGGCUGAUUAAGGAGCAGUUUAAGAAGCUUCACCAGUUUCUACAAGAGGAAGAGGAGGCAAGGCUAUCUGCACUGAGGGAGGAAGAGGAGCAGAAGAGUCAGAGGAUGAAGGAGAAGAUGGAGGCUCUGAGCAGAGAGAUAGCAGCUCUUUCAGACUCAGUCAGAGCCACAGAGGACGAGCUGAGAGCUGGAGACGUCUCAUUCCUGAAAAACUACAAGGCUGCAGUGGAAAGAGUCCAGCAGCGCCGCCUGCUGGAGGAUCCACAGCUGCCCUCAAGAGCUCUGAUAGACCAGGCCAAACACCUGGGCAACCUGAGCUUCAAGAUCUGGAACAAGAUGAAGGACCUGGUCUCCUACAGUCCUGUGAUUCUGGAUCCAAACACUGCUCAUCAAGAACUCACCCUGUCUGAAGAUCUGAGCAGCACCAGAGGAGGAAUGGAGCAGCUUCCUUAUAACCCAGAGAGGUUUACUGAUUCCUGGUCUGUCCUGGGCUCUGAGGGCUUUAACUCAGGGACUCACAGCUGGGACGUCGAGGUUGGAGACAUUUCAUGUUGGAGGGUUGGGGUGUCGAAGUCUGUCCAGAGGGCGAGAGGCACGGACUCUUUCUGGGGAAUAGAGUUUGUUGAUUUUAAAUUCAAAGCAUGCUCGCCUUCAUCUGUAUCUACAGUCAGUGUAAAGAGCAAGGAGCUCCAGAGGAUCAGAAAGACUUAACCACUUCACUGAAGAUACUGCCACUGAGAGUCUGUGUGACACAACAACAGGUCUGACAGAGUCUGAAGAAC